AUGAAAAGAUAUCUCCAUGAAAUACUUGCUUCCUCAGGUUCCAUCGGUGCAUUGAUGGCUUGGCUGGUCAGCUAUAAGCCAACCUUGUUUGGGUUUCUAUUCCUUCUGCUGUUGCUUAGCAACUGGCUGGUCAAGUAUGAACUCAAGCCUCCCCCCCCAGAGCCAGAGCCAGAGCAGAUCCUUGAACGGCUUCUGUUCAGUGAAAUGAAGCUGAAGGUCUUAGAAAACCAGAUGUUCAUAGUAUGGAACAGAAUGAACCAUUGUAAGAAGCCGAACCGACGCCGGACUCUCUCCCGGGGGAAGCUGCGGCCGAAGAGGCGCGAGUCCGUUUUCUCUACCUUCUCUGACUAUACUUCCAUUUCCCCCUAA